AUCACGAGAAAAAGAACUUUCAAGGGAAGGCUCGAAAUUCGAAGAACUCUGUGAUGACCACUUGUAUAUCAGUAAGUGGUACCUCAUGUUAGUCGGUCAAUGGCCAUAUCAAAAGUUGAAAGAGAGCUUGUUUAUCUUGACUGUUAUACUUCUUCUCGAUGCCAGUGCACAGUCAUUACGCAGGUAACGUUACCGUGGAUAUCUUUAUUAAAAGAAAAGAAUUAAUGACAGAGAUUUAUUAAUUAGAUUUUGCGCUGAUUCGAAUAAUUCGUUUGUUAACUGACAAAUUUACAAACAAGUGCAAUCGUAUUUUUCAGAUAGCAAAAUUUGGCAAAUGCGAUAUAACGCGCAGUGCAUUUAUGAAACUUUACCACAUUAUAUGCUGACAGUGAUGAUUCUGGUGAAAAUUUUCACGUAUCACUUUAAUAGCCGGAAAGUACGUUUUAUUAAUGUGAACGAUAUUUUAAUUGUGAACUGCAGAUAUUGCUUCGUUUCGCAGGUACUGGUUGCGCGUGGGAAGGCGGCUUCGUAUGAGGAGCAAUUUCUGUGGGCUCUGGCGGGAGCUCGGACGCCUCCGAGGGAGGAAGGUCCGCAGGCGAGAGCUCGGACGACUCUGCGGAGCCCGCAGGUGGAGGGCCCGCGCGAGGUGGCGAGGAGCGCGCAGGAGGACAGCCCUCAGGUGCCGCGGAGCCCGCGCGAGGAGGCGCAAUUGCUAGUGAUUGUGGACGUGGCUGCUGGCAACAGGACGAUAUUCAUCGAGUAUGUUUCUAGAUCAAAAGUCUCACUGAUUAUUUGCGUAGCGACUGGGAGAAGUUGGAAAGUUCGGAGGAGUACGAAAUUAUGAAAACAUAUGCUGCGAACUCGAAAAUGUUUUGUUUGGCCUCUUGCUGUAAGAAUAAAUCGCUUUAUGCUAUUUUUAUUUUAACGGAUAGACAAUUGUUAUGUCGUUUAUUGCAGUAUAUUAUUACAUAGC